AGAUUAGAAAGGGGGUUGUCGGCUUUGACUUGAACGAAAAAUAGUGAGAUCUGCUGCUGGUGCUCCUUUUAUUCGUCCUCUUGUCCGAGCCACGCAGAAAGGACGCCAUACUCCAUUCCAAAACAAAACCUCACCUUAACCAAUCUUACCAAUCACAGAUUCAGCUCAAUUCACAUGAUUAAAUUGUAAAGGAAGAGCUUUUUUCAUUGACCAUGUUGAGAUGAAGCUUAGAUUCAAGAAUGGGCUGUGUGUUUAGCAGAGAAGGGUCUUCGGGAGUCGAUUCUGAGCCAAAGGGGCAGAGGAGAGGUUUGAGUGUAGAAUCUGCUAGGAAGGUAGAUGAUGUUGUGGUGCAGAAGGUAGAUGGUGAAAACGCCGAGGUUCAUGUUGGUGGGGGUGAGGGUAAGAAGGAGGAAAAUGGACAUGGAGGUGAGAAACCUCCGAGGGGGGAGAGAAGGCGAUCGAAGCCCAACCCGAGGUCAGGUAGUGUACCAAAGCAAUCGCGUGGCGCCCAGGUGGCUGCAGGCUGGCCACCCUGGCUCACUGAGGCGUGUGGGGAGGCGAUCAAUGGGUGGACUCCACGGAAAGCAGACACGUUUGAGAAAAUUGAUAAGAUUGGGUCCGGAACGUAUAGUAAUGUGUACAAGGCUAAAGAUAUGUUGACGGGGAAAAUUGUUGCCCUAAAGAAAGUUAGAUUUGACAAUUUGGAACCUGAGAGUGUGAGAUUUAUGGCUAGAGAAAUUCUUAUUUUGCGGAGACUGGAUCAUACCAAUGUUGUAAAGUUGGAGGGUCUGGUUACGUCGAGGAUGUCAUGUAGUUUGUACCUGGUGUUUGAAUACAUGGAGCAUGAUCUAGCUGGACUUGCCGCAAGCCCAGAAAUUAAAUUCACAGAAUCUCAGGUAAAAUGUUACAUGCAUCAACUACUAUCUGGACUUGAGCACUGUCACAACCGUGGUGUGCUUCACCGUGACAUUAAAGGAUCAAAUCUUUUGAUUGACAAUGGAGGAGUUCUUAAAAUUGCCGACUUUGGAUUGGCUUCUUUUUUUGAUCCAAACCGCAAGCAUCCCAUGACUAGUCGGGUGGUUACUCUAUGGUAUCGACCUCCCGAGCUUCUUCUUGGGGCUACUGAUUAUGGUGUGGGUGUGGACCUCUGGAGUGCAGGUUGCAUUUUAGCAGAGUUACUAGCUGGGAAGCCUAUCAUGCCUGGUCGUACUGAGGUGGAGCAACUACAUAAGAUAUACAAACUAUGUGGUUCACCUUCAGAUGAAUACUGGAGGAAAGCAAAGUUGCCUAAUGCAACUCUAUUUAGGCCUCGGGAGCCUUACAGAAGAUGCAUAAGAGAGACAUUCAAAGAUUUUCCCCCAUCUUCAUUGCCCCUUAUUGAAACUCUUCUUGCAAUCGAUCCAGCAGAACGUCAGACAGCCACAGCUGCAUUGUGCAGUGGGUUUUUUCUAUCAGAGCCUUAUGCUUGUGAACCUUCUAGUCUCCCAAAGUAUCCCCCAACCAAAGAAAUUGACGCCAAACGCCGGGACGACGAAGCUCGUAGACUACGAGCUGCUGGGAGAGCCCAGGCUGAUGGUCCAAAGAAAACACGCACACGGGAACGGGGUCCUAGGGGUAUGCCAGCUCCAGAAGCCAAUGCCGAGCUUCAGUCCAAUAUUGAUAGAAGGCGCCUAAUUACGCAUGCAAAUGCAAAGAGCAAAAGCGAAAAGUUUCCUCCACCGCACCAGGAUGGGGCAGUUGGUUACCCUUUGGGAUCUUCACAUCAUUUUGAUCCCUCCCUUGUUCCUCCUGACGUUCCUUUCAGCACAACCUCAUUCAGUUACCCUAAAGAGUCACUGCAAGCUUGGUCAGGUCCGUUGGUCGACCCUGCUUCUGCCGGUGGUCCAAGACGGAAGAAACAUACUGGACAAGAUGGGCGAGAAACUUCAAAAUCCCAUGCAGGAAACCAUAGAGAGAAACAUCACGAUGCUCGUGUUAGAGGAAAGAGAAGUGUGGCUUGAACGCGAGUUCAUACGAUGGGAACGUAAUUACGAACUCCCGAUGUUCGGGAACGUAAUCACGAAAUGUUGGAUGCCUCUGUACAAUCCUGAGUUUCGGAGUUUGGAUUUGGUGCCGGAGUGAGCAUAUCAGCCCCAGCUUCUUCUAGCACAGUGUAAUUGUUUCAUUAGAAAUGCAGGGGUAAAUACAAUUUUUUUUUUUAAAAAAAAAAAAUUUAUAAUCCCAAUUACCUUCUUUUUCUUUCCCAAUAUUUACGAGAUAUCGUUUUGUUUUUGUUUGUUUGUUUGUUCAUUUUUCAAUUUGUUGGAUGGUGGAUUGGUGAGAGAAAUUGCCUCUAUUAUGUAUAUCUUCAUCUUGAUUAUUAUUUUUUUCUCCAAUUUUAUAUAUGUCAAACUUCUUCGUCAA